GGGAGAGAAACUCCAGGAAAACGGACGGAGCUGGCGCACGGUGUAACGGGACGAGGAUACAUGAUUAUCGGCGUAAAAAAGAGGACAACUUUGUAUGGAUACGAGGACAUUUGGGGAUUUCUUUCGUCUUCGAACACAAAAACUUGACUUUAAGGAAAGAAAAAACGCGUUUGUAAUCAUUUAUAUUCACUUUUUUUUUUAUAGCUUCAGAGUAUUUAAUUUAACAUGACAGGAAUUACACUUUGAAACAAGUGAAAUGCGAAUCGACUGCACAUCUGUCCAGUAAAGGAGAGGAGGUGCUCAGAGAAGCCCGCCAAUGUUUACCUGCUGUCGGCACUUCAAAGCAAUUGUUUAAAAGAAAAAAAACUAGUUUCUCCACGCGCAGACAUCAAGGUAGCAGCAUGGCAGAGCACGAGAGCCUGGAGUUUGGAAAAGCAGAUUUUGUGCUUUUGGACAACGUGUCUAUGGAGGAAUUUAUGGCUAACCUAAAACUCAGGUUUGAGAAGGGGAGGAUCUACAGCUACAUCGGGGAGGUGGUGGUGUCCGUCAAUCCUUAUCGUGCCAUGAACAUCUACGGCCGCGACACCAUCGAGCAGUACAAGGGCCGCGAGCUGUACGAGAGGCCGCCGCACCUCUUUGCCAUCGCUGACGCUGCUUACAAAGCCAUGAAGAGGAGGAACAAAGACACCUGUAUCGUCAUCUCAGGGGAAAGCGGAGCAGGAAAAACCGAAGCCAGCAAGUACAUCAUGCAAUACAUCGCUGCUAUCACCAAUCCCAAUCAGAGGGCCGAGGUCGAAAGGGUAAAAAACAUGCUGCUUAAAUCCAACUGUGUCCUGGAGGCCUUCGGGAACGCCAAGACCAACCGCAACGACAACUCCAGCCGCUUCGGCAAAUACAUGGACAUCAACUUUGACUUUAAGGGAGAUCCCAUCGGAGGCCACAUCAACAACUACCUCCUGGAAAAGUCCAGGGUGAUUUUCCAACAGCCAGGAGAGAGGAGCUUUCAUUCCUACUACCAGCUGCUGAGAGGAGCUCCAGACUCUCUGCUGCGCUCUCUUCACAUCCAGAAGGACCCGACGGCUUACAACUACAUCAAAGUCGGAGGCCAAAUUAAGUCUUCCAUCAACGACGGAGCAGAAUUCAAAGCUGUAGCAGAUGCCAUGAAAGUGAUCGGCUUCACGGCGGACGAGAUUCAGACUGUUUACAAGAUCCUGGCCACCAUCCUGCAUCUGGGAAACCUGACGUUCGGGGUCGACGGUGACGUGACGCUGAUAGAGAACCCGAAGCUGGUGUCUGUGAUCAGAGAUCUGCUGUCCACCAAAGAGGAAAACGUGGAGAAGGCCAUGCUGUACCGAACUGUGGCCACGGGGCGAGACGUCAUCGAAAAACAGCACACGACGCAAGAGGCCAGCUACGGGCGGGACGCUCUAGCCAAGGCCAUGUACGAGCGUCUCUUCUGCUGGAUCGUGGGGCGGAUCAACGACAUCAUCGAGGUGAAAAACUACGACGCCAGAGUCCACGGGAAGAACACGGUUAUCGGGGUGCUGGACAUCUACGGCUUUGAGAUUUUCCAGAACAACAGCUUUGAACAAUUCUGCAUCAACUACUGUAACGAGAAGCUGCAGCAGCUUUUCAUCCAGCUGGUGCUGAAGCAGGAACAGGAAGAGUAUCAACGGGAGGGAAUCCCCUGGAAACAUAUCGAUUACUUCAACAACCAGAUCAUUGUGGAUCUGGUGGAGCAGCAGCACAAGGGGAUCUUCUCUGUGCUGGACGAAGCCUGCAUGAAUGUGGGCAAAGUGACGGACGAAGUGUUCCUGCAGGGACUCAACGGCAAGCUGGCCAAACACGCCCACUACACCAGCCGCAAGCUCUCACCCACUGACAAGAGCCUGGAGUUUGACAGAGACUUUCGCAUCAGGCACUACGCAGGCGACGUGGUGUACUCAGUGGUCGGUUUCAUUGAUAAGAACAAAGACACUCUGUUCCAGGAUUUUAAAAGGCUGCUGUAUAACAGUUCUAACCCGGUGCUGAAGGCGAUGUGGCCCGAGGGCAAGCUGCGCAUCACCGAAGUCACGAAGAGGCCGCUGACGGCUGCAACGCUCUUCAAAAACUCCAUGAUCUUGUUGGUGGAGAACCUGGCCAGCAAGGAACCGUACUAUGUUCGCUGCAUCAAACCCAACGAUGUGAAGUCUCCGCUGCUGUUCGAGCAGGAGCGCUGCAGACAUCAGGUGGAGUACCUCGGGCUGCUGGAGAACGUCAGAGUGCGACGAGCCGGCUUCGCCUACAGACAGACGUAUCCUCGUUUUCUACAGAGGUACAAGAUGAUCUCAGAGUUCACGUGGCCAAACCACGACCUUAAAUCAGACAAAGAUGCCGUGAAGAGGCUCCUGCAGGGCUGUGGAUUCGACCACGACGCGGCCUACGGAAAAACCAAAGUCUUCAUCCGCACACCGCGUACCCUCUUCAGCCUGGAGGAGCAGCGGGUAGAGAUGGUCCAGAGGAUCGUCCUCUUCCUCCAGAAGGUGUGGAGGGGCACGCUUGCCAGGAUGCGAUACCGGCGGAUGAAAGCGGCCCUCGUCAUCCUGCGGGCGUACCGACGGUACAAGGUCAAAACAUACAUCAAGGAGGUGAACCGGCGCUUCAAAAACGUGCGAUCUAUGAAGGAUUACGGCAGACACGUGAAGUGGCCAACGCCUCCGAAAGUCCUGAGAAAGUUUGAGGAGGCUCUCAGGAACAUCUAUAACAGGUGGUGGGCGUGGACGCUGAUCAAAGGUCUGUCUCCAGAAGAGGCCCUGCAGGUGAGAGCCAAGGUAGCCUGCCUGGAGACUCUGAAGGGCCAGAGGGUCGACUUAGGACUACAGAGGGCCUGGGAAGGAAACUACCUGAAGCGAGACAACCCCGACUCCGCUUCAUCUUUCACACUUGUUUCCAGCGAGUUGCAGCGGAAAGACAAAUUCAUGAGAGUUUUAUUCUCCUGCAACGUGCGAAAGAUCAACCGUUUCCACAAGGCGGAGGACCGGACUGUGCUCAUCACCGACCGCCACCUGUACAAGAUGGACCCCCUGAAGCAGUACAAACCCAUGAAGAGCAUCCCCCUCUACAACGUGACCGGAGUGAGCGUGUCUCCUGGGAAGGACCAGCUGGUCGUGUUCCACACCAAGGACAGCCGGGAUCUGGUGGUGUGCCUGCAGGGCAUGGUGCCCGCCAACGAGAGCCGAAUCGGGGAGCUGGUCGGCACCCUGCUCAGCCACUUCAAGAGCGAGAAGAGGAAGCUGCAGGUGAACAUCUCCAGUCCCAUCCAGUGCAGCAUGAGCGGCAGGAAGUGCACGGUCAUUGUGGAGCCCAAGAUCAACCAAUCACAGCCAGACUUCACCAAGAGCCGAUCUGGUUACAUCCUGGCCGUCCCUGGCAACUAAACCAACGGGCCAAAAAGCGGAAGAAAAGAAAAAUAGCUGACAGCUGAUUUAAAAACCACGCCAAGGUGAUGAUGAAGAUAAUGAUGAUGAUGAUGAUGAUGAUGAUGAUUCAUUUUUGAUUCACUUGUGUUUUUGCAGAGCUGCUGAUAAUGAGAUGACUCAGUUUGCAGCUCUUUAGGAGGAUUCGGUUAAUUGGAUCUGUGAAAAUGCAAAGCCAUGCCAAAUUGUAGAUUUCUAUGCAAUAUAACUUUAAACAGAAAGUGUGCAAAAACACUUCCAAUUUAAUGCUUAACAGAUUUUUCUUUCUUUUUUACGCACUACAUGAUAAUGAUAAUCUACCAAAGUAGCGUUUCUUCUAGUUUAAAAUCCACAUUUUUAAGUUGAUUUUCUGUGCAAUAUUUAGAUAAAAUAUCAUAAAAAUAAAAAAUAAAAAAAAGGCUUUGCAGGGCGUAUGAAUCCCUGCAGCUCCCUGUGCAGGAGCCGGAUCUAAAACGAUCCCUGAAAAUGAAGCAAGAUGAUAUUUAUGUGUGACAGAAUCGAGGGAAAACUCUGUUUUUGUGAUUUAUGUUCUGAGGAAUAAUUAUGUCAAUGACCUGAAUUUAAGACUUACUUUCCCCACACGUUAAAUGAAAGGAAAUGCAGAGUCCACUUUUAGUUCAGUAAAUGUUUACAAUCACAUGUGGAAACAGCGAGGAGGAAAAAUGUGAUUCAGUGAUUCAGCUUGUCUCAUUCGUUGUUAGUUUGUUAGUCAGAGGAUGUGUUGAGCAUAUCCUGAGCAUCGCGAGUUAUUAUAAUUUAAAUUCUGCUUUUCAUAAUCUCUACUACAACGUCUAUCUUUUAUAUAAUAAUCUCUAAUACUGCUUGUAUAUUUAAGGUUAGAAAAUACUUUAUUAAGCAUAGAAAUACAAUGCUAUACCUUAAUAACAGAAGGCAAAUAUGAAGACAAUAACCAAAGUAUUUAAGUCCAUAUUCUCUAGUGUAGCAGCUGAGUGUUUGUGGCCAGUACUGUGUUAUCCCACGUGAACUCCAGCCCCUGAACACAACCUCAUUUGCCAUCUUUGUGUUGCGUGAAUAGGCUAAUGACUUGUAGUGGCCCUUACUCGUUUGGAAUAGACUUCCACUUGACAAAUAUCCCCUUCAACACAGAGGGGGGAAAAAAAAAGAGUGUGUGAGUGCGACUGUAGGCGCGUGUGUGUACUGUGUGCAUGUGUGUGUGUGUCUGUUAGCUCUCCUGUUCUUGGCUCUGAGACCGAGAGUCUGGCUAAUGGCCACAGAGAAGCAGUGCAGACAGACGGCUGUGAAGUCUGUAAUCAGGCUGCUGUCCUACUUUACCGCCCUGUUCCAUGAUGGGAGUGACUUCUUGUAUGAGCAGAAGAUCUUUGGAGGCCUGAUGUCCGUCUGAUGCUGCUGCUGCUAAACUCCAUUCACUAUUCUCCAGCCAAUUCACACAAGUCUCAUCAUCAGCACUUGAACACUGAGAUUUUGGUUACAUCAGAGCAGUCAGGGUGGAACCCCCUGUGUGUGUGUGUGUGUGUGUGUGUGUGUGUGUGUGUGUGUGCGUGCAUGUGAAGCUACCGCUGUUGUUUUGCACCUUGUGCUUCCACAACGCUGUAUGUAAAAUCACAUUCUGGGAUACCAAUAUCACGUCGAUAGGGAUACAUUAUGAAAGUCCAAAGGCGUAAUGAUGGCAGGACUUUCUCUACGGCGCAGUUGCAAUAUUGUAUGUGCUUGUAUGGUUAAUAUAAUAUCUAUUUUGUCCACAGAUAGAGUAGACUACAAGUCUAAGGACUACAAACGUGCAUUUUCAUCGCUCUAAAACUCUACUCAAAGGUUAGAGUUUCAUAUUGGCCUUGGUUAUUAGUUAAUAUAAUUAAUUAGCUUAUUAAUUAAUCUGUUCAAAAACAGCCUCACCACAAGUUAGCAUUCGAGCUAACCUCUUAACAAGUUAGCCAGCGUGACACAUGCUAAUGCUACACCAUGUGCUCUCCCAGUUUUUUUUCUUGUUAUCUUUACUGGGCUUUUUUUCUUUCCCUGUCAUUUUGUCCUAAUGACUGUCCUUAAUUUCACUGAGUAAUCCUGCUGAAGUAAGAGGAAAACUCCAAAUGAGUGCUAAAUGGACUUUGGUUAUCGAGCUAACUGCCAAUUAGCAAAUGUGCUAGCUCAGAGGCUAAUGGGAAAUUAGGUUUUUGCGGUUAACUCAAGCGUGCAGCCCUUUAACUGACUGGACAAAACAGAAGUUGAAGUCCUUAAAAACCAUCCUCUCUCUGGACUUUCUUACCCUCCAUUUCCCCAAAGGUUAGCACUUUCUAAGGGAUUUGCAAUAGGUUAAAAGUGUAAAUGUUCAUGUCAACAUGCACCAAAGUCAAACUUGACUUCACCUUCCAAAGCAAAAGUUGCAAGAUUGUUUUCUAACCUUUUGUUUCCCAAGUCAAGAAGCCGUUUCUUUGAAUAUCAGCUUUAAAGCAGAAAGGCUAAAAGUACUAGAAACACUUUGAUUCCAGCCAUGGUCUUAAAGAUAAUAUGACAAAUGUUUUCCAGAAUCUCUUUAGACCGGAAAACAGAAAUUGUUUCACUUUGUGCCCACAGAGAUUUUCUGUACUGUCUCUGCACAAAGUAAAGAUUGGCGACUGUGGGCUGGAGAUCGACAGCUCAGGGUCAGGAAUCGGAGCUCCCUCUGUGUCUGGCCUAGUUGAAGAGGCAGAGCAACUCUUGUCGACUUUAAUUCGCCAGGAAGGACGAAUCGUUAGCAGUUAUUUUAACCACAGUAGCAUUGUGCCUAAGUGUUGACUGAACAACUCGUUUAUCUUAAUUAGUUUGUAAGUACUCGUGGAGCAAAUCUCUUUCCUGCCUGGCAGAGCGGUGGCGGCUGACCUUGUCCUGUUGCUCGGUUUAAAAAAACACAACUCUCUGAUAGAGAAAGGAGUCGUUUGGGGAAACUGGUGCAUGGAUUAAGGAAGUGACAUGGGUAGCGUUAAUAGGCGAUUUUCAGAGGAGCUCAAGCGCAGAGGCUGCCUGCGAUGAGUGUGUGUGUAAGUGUGUGUGUGUGUGUGUGUGUGUGUCUGCUGCUCUCCAUAUCCUUCAGCAGUGUAAUCUCCCACAGGGCCUCUCCUCCUCUCUGCUCCGCUAUUCACCGCUCAUCAUUAGGAUGGACUCCGUGUCACUCCUCACUUCAGCGCUUCUCUCUCCGCUUUCUUAAGGCUAAAGGGGGUUCGUGAACAAAGCCUCGCUUGGCCUCCUCUUGCUUUUCCCUCUCCUUCUCAACUCCACCCCUCCCUUACUCCUUCCACUUUUUUUUUUUUUUUUCCUCACUCUUCUUCUGUCAGAUCACUUCGCUCCUCGCCCACUCCGGCUGACUGUACCGUCCUGCAGGGCAGUGAACGUUUUCCUAUUUUUCUUCUUUUUUUUUUUCCUUCAGCCGUCCUGUGCCCGCGAGGCCUGGAAAUAAAAAGGGAAACAACACCAGCAACGAGAAAUAUCCAACAAACGAGUACAGAGCAGAAACAAGACGUGUCAAACAAUAGGAGAAACAUGCAGCAGCAACAAAAGAGAUAUUGGGAUCCAAAACCUAUCAUAGAUAACGAGAAUGUUAUCCUAUUACAAAUCCCAUUUAAAUAAAAAUAACAAUGUGCCAAUGGCUGCUCAGAUCUAAUGCAAAGCUCAAAUAUUCAGCUGGGGUGUUUUCUGGAGGAUUUCUAAACCAGUUAAUAUUCCCUCUUACCAUCUUUCAGAGUACUCCCCUCAAACAGAAAAACACAUCUCAUUUCCAUGUGUGACUUUUUCUUGCUAUUCUGUGAACGUGUGAGUACAGUAAAGACAGAGAGACAGUCGAGCUACAGACCCAGAAACAGCCUGAAAUAGAGUUGUUUAUAGGCAUGAUGAAAUACAGGAUCAGAGUGGAUUUAGAACAAGAAACUUCACACACAUGUUUUGGGGAGCUCUGAGACUUAUUUGUUGAAAAGGAGUAUAAUAUGUGACCUUUAAACAGUUUUUGAACCGCAUUGGAUACACACAAUAAGAUCAAUUUAAAGUUCUUUGGGGGUCUUUUCAUGUUGACUACAGAAUACCAUCACAUUAAUGAUUAGUUUUGUUCAGCAAAGAUGACUUUUCCGCUCUAUUAUUAACCUAAACGCAGGUUUAAUAAUCAAACAAUCCCUUUACCCCUUCCUAAUUAUCACUUUUAUUAAUGGGCAUAAAGAGAACGUUGGUUAUGAAUGUUAACACGAGAAGAUGUGUGCCAUUGUGUUCUUCCCUACACUGUUCUAUGCAGUUUUCAUCGUACACUUGUAUGUGUUUUUUUGUUCCAUACGUACAAAAGAGUCUCAUUAUUAAGCCCAUCAUUGUUAGCCAAAAGGCUAACACGUUCCAUUUUCCUCUCCAUAAUUUAUUCCUGUGGCUCAAAGCAAAGUCUGUAUGCACACACCUUUCAUUCAAUAAGUGCCUUAUUUUAUAUCGAGUUUAUAUUUUGCAUAUUUGUGAUUACAUUCCAUCGGUAUACUGUAAUAUCUAGAUCAAGACUAAAGGGAACGUCAUCGCUGUAAUACUAUUUCUGUGCAAAUGUAUUCUGUAUCAAUGCAGAUUGUGUAUUCCAUGAUGUUCAGUAAGGAAAAAAAUGUCAUUAAUCGUUUUAUUAAUAAAUGUAUUUGCUUCAA